AAAAAGAACCCAUUGUCAUUGUUUUGCAUGGAUCUGACCCAGAAUGUAUUCAAGAAUCUUCUGUUUGUACUGAUGAAAGCCUGCCUAUAUCAGUUAAAGACGAUAUCGAUGAUACCGUUGAUAACCUAGAACGUGAAGAAAAC